CAACCAAUAUUGUUUAUACAUGAGAAUCCCCCUCCCCCCUACUCUCACCACACUUCCAAGGUUCUUUUGCUAUAACAAGAAAAACAGCUGAUCAUGGCAUACCUGCACAUUUCAUGUCUUCUUCUAGCUCAAUGCCUCCUACUACUAGUCACAAGAAUUGUUGCCAAAGUUCCGGCAGUCGUGGUGUUCGGGGACUCGUCGGUGGAUGCUGGGAACAACAACCAGAUUUCAACAGUUUUGAAGAGUAAUUUCCAGCCCUAUGGUCGUGACUUUGACGGUGGUAUGCCAACUGGGAGGUUCUCCAAUGGCAGAGUGCCUACGGACUUCAUCUCCAAAGCUUUUGGACUUAGAUCAUCCGUACCUGCCUACUUGGAUCCUGCUUAUAACAUAUCAGAUUUUGCAGUCGGGGUUACUUUCGCUUCUGCUGGCACUGGCUAUGACACUGCAACUUCAGAUGUGCUAUCAGUGAUACCACUAUGGAAGCAGUUGCAGUACUACAAAGAAUUUCAGAACAAGUUGAGACUUUAUAUGGGAGGAAACAAAGCAGACCAAACCAUCCAUGAAGCUUUGCACAUAAUGAGCUUAGGAACCAAUGACUUCCUUGAAAACUACUACACAUACCCCGGCCGGUCGAAUCAAUACUCUAUCGAACAAUACCAAGAUUUUCUCAUUGGAAUUGCAGGAAAUUUCAUCAAACAACUCUACGGUCUCGGAGCUCGGAAAAUAUCCUUAGGAGGCCUACCUCCAAUGGGGUGCUUGCCACUGGAGAGAACCACAAAUAUCAUGGGUGGAAAUGACUGCGUUUCAAAUUACAACAAUGUGGCUUUAGAGUUCAAUGGCAAGCUGAAGAUCUUGACUACAAAUCUGAAUAAACAGCUUCCUGGGAUCAAAUUGGUUUUUUCAAACCCAUAUUACAUUUUCCUGUACAUGAUAAGAAGGCCUUCUUUGUAUGGAUUCGAGGUGUCAUCGGUGGCGUGUUGUGCCAGUGGAAUGUUUGAAAUGGGCUACGCAUGCAAUCGAAACAACCUGUUCACUUGCACAGACGCAAGCAAAUACAUUUUCUGGGAUGCCUUUCAUCCUACUGAAAAAGCAAACCAUAUAAUCUCUGAUUAUGUGGUGAAAAAAGUACUUGCCCAGUUCCUUUGAUUAGCUUCAAAUUAAGAGAAAUGUACUCGCCAUAUAUAUGCUUUGUGAUCAUAUAUGUAUUCUACGCGAUGCUGUGUUGGUAGAAGAAUAUGAUGUUUGCAGAAAAAUGGAAUUAAAGCCUAGGAUCUUAUGAACCUAUGGUGCCUGUGAUAUUAGUACACAUUCCUGUACCCAUUUCUGAGUGACCCAAAACAAAAAUUAAAUGUUGUGUGAAAGGACAUUUGUGGCAGCGUCUGAUUAUUAGUUAUGAAUUUGAAUGGUUUUAUUAUUAAA